AGCACAGCAAUGGCAUUCAAAACAGUGGACGAAAAGAGUGUUUACCAAUGCGUUGGUUAUCCACUGCCAUCCGAUACUGAUAAAAUUGUGCGCAUCCUCUUUAGGGAUUCUGUACAGGAUGCUUACACAAAAAUCGAAGAAAUUCGAAGUGUGCGUGCAUUCGCUCUCAGCGAUAUACUUAAUUCAAUGCACGAUUAUAUAUUUCGUUUAUCAAUACCACAAGAGGUUUUCUGCCGUUUGAUGGUUUCGAUGGCUGAAAUUGAAUAUCGCUUGUCUCAGGGAUGCUCCGACCGCUUACAGCUUGGAGCAUUGAUCGGUGCCUUCAUCAAUGUUCGUUGUGAUUUAGGAAAAUUUGCACCUAGAGAGGACAGUGCGGAUCCAUCGGCUUCCAACAGCAUAUGA